AUGUGCCCAUACCGCAGAUCUCUCUACUCGUGCAACCACGCACAACUCUCCAGCGAGCCCGUCAAGCCCUGCCAGGCGCAGAAAAACUACGACUCAGGAGCCGCCAAGGAGCCAUGCGGCAUCGUGGAGACUCACAGGCCCACCAUCAGGAUACCAAAGCAGUGCGGACCCUGCGAGGCCAAGAAGAUGUCCACCGACCAGACACUUGCCUUCGUCAAGAAACGGAUGGCCAGUUUGAGAACUUGCCUGAAUGAGCGCCACAAUGGGUGCAUGAAACGCUUGGAUGAAGCUGGUGCGAAGCGCGAAAAGGUCCCGGAGACAGCGAAGACCGCCGAGAAGAUCGAGGAUCCGGCUCAGGCGUUCCUGCGGAAGAAGAUGAUGGAAGACGACUCGCAUCUGAUGAUGCUUAGCAGCUUAUGA